CACCCACACCUCACACCUACUUUUUCACAUUCCUCAAAUUUCUCUCUUCUCUCCACAACAACAAUGGCGGGUAUCGCGAUCACAAUCCUAGCUCUGACUGCGGCGGCAGGCUUUUGGGGGGUGGAGGCGGAAUCGUCGAAGCAGAUAAUCGUGAAAACAGUCAAGGGGCAGAAGUUGUGCGAUCAAGGGUGGGAGUGUAAAGGCCUUUCCAAAUACUGCUGCAAUCAAACCAUCUCCGAUUUCUUCCAGACCUAUCAGUUUGAGGAUCUCUUCGCCAAGAGGAAUUCGCCUGUCGCCCACGCCGUCGGAUUUUGGGACUACAAGUCCUUCAUCACCUCCGCCGCCCUCUACCAGCCGCACGGCUUCGGCACCACCGGAGGCCCUGAGACGCAGGCGAAGGAGGUCGCAGCUUUCCUCGGCCACGUCGGCGCCAAAACCUCAUGUGGUUAUGGGGUAGCCACCGGAGGACCGGAGGCGUGGGGACUGUGCUACAACAAGGAGAUGAGUCCUGACAAAGACUACUGCGACGACUACUUCAAAUACGACUACCCUUGCUCCCCGGGUGCCCAAUACUAUGGCCGUGGCGCCAUACCUCUCUACUGGAACUACAACUAUGGGGCGGCCGGUGAAGCCCUCAAGCAAGACUUGCUCAACCAUCCCGAAUACAUUGAGCAGAACGCCACUCUUGCCUUCCAAGCCGCUAUCUGGAGGUGGAUGACCCCUCCCAAGAAGGGCCUUCCCUCUGCUCACGAUGCCUUUGUGGGGACGUGGAAGCCCACCAAGAACGACACUUUGGCCAAACGCAUCCCCGGCUUUGGAACCACCAUGAAUGUUCUCUACGGGGAUAGUGUUUGUGGGCAGGGUGAUGUUGAUCAGAUGAACACCAUCAUCUCUCACUACCAGCACUAUCUUGACCUGAUGGGCAUUGGCCGGGAGAAGGCCGGGCCUCACGAGCAGCUCACGUGCGCUGAGCAGGAACCCUUCACCGUAGCCUCUAAAUCAUCGUCUUCUUGAACAGUAUACAUUUGAUGGAAUAAGAGGGGCGCAUGAGGGAGGCCCCCUAGCUAUGGUUGUGUGAUUGUGCAGAUUUUGUCAAAGUUGAGCUGUUUUAUACUCGUAUGUAGUUAGCAGCUAUGAAGAUGAAGAAUUGUAAUGUAAUUGUACUUAAGCCACAUCACAUCUCACCUUGAUGCUUUGAUGAAUUUGUUUGAUUAUUGGAUUGGGGAAUGGCAAUAUGUGAGUUGGUGUUA